AUGCAGGUACUUUCAGUCAAGCUAAGCAAUAUACAUUGCGAUGAAUGUGAACAGGCUAUAAGGGAAAUACUAGGUUCUUUUUACAAGCUAAAUUUACUUAGUGUUGACGAAGUUGAUGAGCUGAAUGUGAUUAAUGAAUUGGACAAUAACGAGGUAUUUUAUAUGCUUAAGGACUCAACAGUGAAAUUGUAUGGGAACAAAAAUGCCGAUUUGGAAAGCGGUAUUAAGAAAAUUACAAGGAAAUUGGAAAAGUCGGGAUUUGAAAUCGCUAGGUGGGAUUUAGUAUUGAGCAAGACUGGCGAGCUAGAUUCAGAGUCACUCUCGGAGGAAAUUAGAUUAAGAGAUCCAGAAUCUGGAAAGCUUGGUCUUGGACAUGAGAAUAAUGGGGUUUUGGGUAUAUUCGGUACCUUUCAAAAACUCACCCAUCGUCGAUCAGCUAAACAGCACCUUAAAUUUUGCAAAAUGUGUCAAAUUGAGAAGGAAAAGGAGAAGGAGAGAAGAAAGGAGAAGCAGAAACGUAAGAAGUCAACUGAUCUGAAUAAUGAAUCCUCGUCCAUUGAAACGAAGGUAGACGAGCACCAACCUCACCAGGAGUUUAGAGCCUCAUUUGCAGUGAGUGGGAUGACUUGUUCGUCUUGUGUCAACACUGUUGAAGAUUCAUUGAAAAAUCUCUUUGACACCAAAAUUUCCUACAAAACGAAGAAUAAUGAUCAAGUUGAAGAAAAUUGCUUUUCGGUUAAUUUGUUGCAACUGUCAGUAGUUGCAAUAAUCCCCAAUAAGCAAUUAAUUAACCAGAUAAUUGAUAGUAUAAAUGAUUUGGGAUUUGAAUGCAAGUUGAUUGAAGUUUUACCUGUUCAAAGGUCAAUAAAUACCAAGAUCACAGCAUUGAUUGGCGGUAUGACCUGUGCUGCAUGUGCCAACUCAAUAAAUGCAGCUGUAAAGGAAUUGCCAUUUAUUCUCGAAUGUGGUAUUAAUGUGGUGACUAAAAACGCCCAAUUUGUACUAGAGGACGACAAUCGGCAUCAAAAUUUGAAAAAGCUUCAAGAAACAGUUGAAGAUUGUGGAUUUGAUUUUGAAAUUUUGACUAAUGAGAAGAUAAACUAUACUUCGAGCAAACAAAAGCCAAGAACAAUCAACAUCAAGAUUGAUGGAAUGUUUUGUAACCGUUGUCCUGAUUUAAUUUCGGACUAUUUGUGUCAUUACGGUGAUGCUGCUGUUGUAAUUAAUGAUCCUGUCACUUUAAAGCAUCCCGUGAUUGAAUUCACAUAUGUUCCAAGUCGUGAUAUCACAGUAAGAAAAUUCAUACAUGACUUGAAUCAUUUAAAAGAUGACGGAAACGGGAGCUACACAAUUGAUGAUGAAAAACCUGGGACAUUUACAUGCGAAGUUGUUAAACCCAUUUCAGUUGAUGAGCACGCAAAGAAAUUGGCUCAAAGAGAGUUGAUGAGUUUAGCAAUUAGAUUGGGUUUAGCUACUCUUUUUGCCAUACCUACUUUUAUAUUUGGCAUUGUUGCAAUGUCACUCUUACCCAAAUCACAUCGUUUUAGAAUGUGGGUCGAAGAUCCAAUUUGGGUUGGCAAUGUUUCAAGGAAUACUUGGAUUUUAUUCAUUUUGGCUACACCAGUGUAUUUUUUUGCAGCUGACAGCUUCCAUAGAAAAGCAAUAUUGGAAGUCAAAUCACUUUGGUUUCAUAAAAACUCUUUUAAACAAAGAAUUUUCAAAUUUGGAUCAAUGAAUUUGUUGAUGUGUUUGGGUACGAGUGUUGCCUACUUUGCAAGUAUAGCCUUAUUGGCUCUUAGUGCCAAACAAGAACCAGAAACACACCAUGGAUUUCAUACUACUUAUUUUGACGCUGUUGUGUUUCUCACAUUUUUCUUGUUAAUUGGGAAACUAUUGCAGAGCUACUCAAAAGCAAAAACUGCAGAUGCUGUUUCACAGUUGAGCAGCCUCAAGCAAACUGAAGCCACCUUAGUUGAGCAAACUGCUGCUGCUGCUACUGCUGCUGACGAUGAUGAUGGAGAUAACUGGAAGUUUACAAAUGACCAGAAAGUUAAUUUGGAAUUGUUGGAAAUUGGCGACUAUAUAAAAAUAGGCUCUGGAGAAUCACCUCCGGUUGAUUGUGUUAUAGUUCAAGGUGAAUCAAAAUUUGAUGAAAGUGCACUUACUGGUGAGUCCACUCCAGUGCACCAUAUUGAGGGACACCAGAUAUUUUCAGGAACUGUGAAUAUUGGAUCAAACUCAGUGAUUGCCAAGGUGACCAGUUUAGAAAGUGACUCCUUAUUGAGUCAAAUUGUAAAUACUGUGAGAGAUGGUCAAUUGAGAAAAGCACCAAUGGAAAGAACAGCUGAUUUGAUCACGGGUUAUUUUGUUCCAACAAUUGUUUUUCUUGCUAUCAUUACUUGGAUCAUUUGGCUUGCAUUGGGUCAUAGUGGUGCAUUGCCUCAAAGCUAUCUCGAUAUAGACAUUGGGGGCUGGACAGUAUGGUCCUUGGAUUUUGCAAUUGCGGUGUUUGUGAUCGCUUGCCCUUGUGGUAUUGGAUUAGCUGCUCCAACGGCCUUAUUUGUAGGGUCUGGGUUGGCUGCGAAAUAUGGCAUAUUGGCCAAAGGUGGUGGUGUUGCUUUCCAAGAUGGCGCCAAUACGAAUGUUGUUUGUUUUGAUAAAACAGGGACUUUGACAAGUGGUCAGUUGUCUGUGACAAACUAUUCAUUUGUUGUGGAAGGCGACUCAGUAAUGAGACAAUUUGCUUUGCAAUUGGCUCGGGACUUGGAAGUUGCUUCUGCUCAUCCAUUGGCUAAGGCUAUUAAACUGUUUGUCGAUCAUUUGUGUUUAAACAAUGGAGUUCAGUUACUUGCCAAUAAAAUACCUCAAGUUGAGACCAUUGCAGGUAAAGGAUUGAAAGGAAAGAUUGUGUAUGAAGAAAACGAAGAAGAUUGGGCUCGAUACAAGCCAAUAGAAGCAAUCUUGGGUAAUGAGAAAUUGUUUGAAGAAUAUAAUGUUUCAAUUACAGAUACACAAAAGCAGUUAUUAACAAGGUGGAAAACUGAAUGUAAAUCGGUCAUAUUAGUUGCCAUUCGAUGCCUGUCUGAUGUAAAUUUCCACUUGAUCUUGAUGAUGGCAGCAAGAGACCAAAUUCGCCCUGAAACUGGAAAAGUCAUUUCUUACCUCCAUUCCCACAACAUUGAAACGUGGAUGAUCACGGGAGACAAUAAACUUACAGCAGAUGCAAUUGCACUGGAAAUCGGCAUCACUAAUGUAGUUAGUGAAGUUUUACCUGAUGAAAAAGAAGCACAAAUUAAACGUGUUCGGCAAAUAAAAGAUUCGGAAAAUCAAAAACGAAAAUGUGUUAUAGCAAUGGUUGGUGAUGGUAUAAAUGAUGCUCCUGCAUUAGCUAGUGCUGAUGUUGGAAUAGCAUUGAGUUCAGGCGCUGAUCUUGCUGUCACAUCGAGCGAUUUUAUCUUGUUGAAUAAAGCACACCCAUUGAUUUCUCUUGUUACAUUAUUGGAUUUGUCAAGAUGUGUUUUCAACCGGGUGAAGUUCAAUUUUGGUUGGAGUUUGGUUUACAAUAUGAUUGGUAUUCCUAUUGCUGCUGGUGUUAUAUAUCCAUAUCGUAAUUCACGAUUAGACCCCGUUUGGGCAAGUGCUGCUAUGGCUUUGAGCUCGGUAAGUGUCGUGCUUAGUAGUUUAGCAUUAAGGCUCUACAAGCCAAAGUUGAAUAUUGCUGAUUUCAAAGUGAGUGUUGAGGUGAGCUUGUUAUUGCCGGUAGAAGAGUAA